GGAAAUUGCCCUGUAUUCAUAAUCGACGAAGCCGUUUAAAUAAUUGGGAUUUUUGAAGGCCUCUAGCAAAUUUGCUUCAUUCUUUCACUGACGCUGUAGGAUAAUUAAUAAUAAUAAUAAUCAGUCGAAUUUGCCGAUCAAUCCAAAAGUGGUCGGAGUAGGAGGAGGUCACAAUGUCGACGGUGUACGUAUUGGAGCCGCCGACGAAGGGGAAGGUGAUAUUGCAUACGAAUUACGGGCCACUGGACAUUGAGCUAUGGCCUAAGGAAGCCCCUAAAGCCGUCAGAAACUUCGUCCAGCUCUGCCUCGAAGGUUACUACGAUAAAACCAUCUUCCAUCGCAUUAUCAAGCGAGAGAUUGUCCAAGGCGGCGAUCCCACUUCUACGGGCACAGGUGGGGAGAGUAUUUAUGGUGGUGUCUUUCCGGACGAGUUCCAUUCACGGCUGAGGUUUAAGCAUAGAGGUCUAGUGGCCUGUGCUAAUGCUGGUGCGCCUAACACUAAUGGAAGUCAAUUCUUCAUGACUUUGGAUCGCACUGAUUGGCUUGACAAAAAACAUACAAUCUUCGGAAAGGUAACUGGGGAUUCGAUAUAUAAUCUGUUAAGAAUAGGUGAAGUGGAAACCGAUAAGGAUGACAGGCCGGUGGAUCAUCCUCCUAAAGUACUUUCAGCGGAGGUACUGUGGAAUCCAUUUGAAGAUAUUGUUCCUCGGGUAUCAAAGGUUCUACAGCCUUCUAAAACUGAAGCUAGCAAGAUUGAUGUUCAAACAAAAACUACCAAAAAGUUGAACCUGCUUUCAUUUGGAGAAGAAGCAGAAGAAGAGGAGAAGGAAUUGGCUACUGUGAAGCUGAAGAUUAGGAGCAGUCAUGAUGUAUUAGAUGAUCCACGCCUUCUGAAAGAUGCAAAGGAUACUAAUGACAAGGAUUUACUUUGGCAGGAUUCUUCUGAGACCAAAUUAUUGAGGGAUAAGCAGCUGAAAGUCAGAGAAGCUCUUAGUUCAAAGAGGGAAGAACUGCAAGGAAAACCAGAUACUGAAAUUCAGGAAACUCGUGAUGAUAGUGAUGAAGGUGAAGCUGAUUUUGAUGCAAAAAUGCGCCGGCAAAUAUUGCAGAAAAGAAAGGGGCUUAAUAUUCUCCCCCCUAAGCAAAAGCAGCAAAAAGAUAGUGCAAGUCCAGGAAAACGCUCAAGCACUCCCCCAAGGUCCCUUGUGGAAAGUGACGAAGAACGACCGAAGAAGGAUAAGUUGUCAUUAAAGAAAAAAGGACUGGGUUCAGAAGCUAGAGCGGAGCUUAUGGCUAAUGCAGAUCAAGAUUUGCAACUUUUGAACAAUGCUGAAAGAGAAAGGGCAUUGCAGAAGCAAAAAAAGCGUAGACGUCAAGGGCAGGAGGAUGAAGUCCUCAAAAGACUGGAAAAUUUUAAGGCAGCGUUUUCUUCGAAAUCCAAUGGGGUGAAAGUUGAAAAAGAAGGAGGUAUAGGGGUGAUGCCAGAUUGGAUGAAAAGUCCUUUGAAGUUUGCUCCUGAGCCUGGCAAGGAUAACAUGUCUCGGAGUAAUGAUCCAAAUGACUAUGUCGUGCAUGACCCUCUCCUGGAAAAAGGGAAAGAGAAGUUCAACAAAAUGCAAGCCAAGCAAAAGCGACGUGAAAGAGAAUGGGCUGGCAAAUCGCUUACUUAGAGUUGACAUUUACAUUUUCAGGACCUCGAAAUCUCAAAAGCUUUAAAGUCUCUUACAAGUUUUAAUGCAAUGUUGAGUCUCGGAAACUGUGAUGAGCCAGGAUAUUUAGUGGAGUGAGAUAACCGUAACCGUAGUUUCAAAAGAUAGUGAAGCCAUUUGUAUUUGUAAGUUGUAAGAAUUGUUGCAGCAGCCUGAUGAAGUUUACAUAGGACAGAUCACAGAUUUGAAAUGCUUAACCAAGUUUUUAGCGGGUUUCACAUUGUCCAAGAAGUUAAAAUGUAUAUACAAGUCUUACGACUCUGUGAUACUUAAGCAUUACUGUUUUGUAGUAUUAUUUAUCUAUAAAUUUGUACCGACAACUGAGCUAAAAAUGAAGGGAUAUGUGUUCUUCCUGGACAUUGAAAGCAUAAGAUCAAGUUUUUUCAUAUCUCCCUUUGGAUGUUCCCGGGAGAUCAAUCAUUUGAUGGGUCUCCACUAUCCAGGCACCCGAGAUCUCAUCAUUGUCAGAAGUUAGCAUCUUUCCUGGGA